AUGAAUCAGCCAUCGUCACUCGGCAUAGUGGACUCUUCUAGACCAAAAACCAAUGUUAGACUGACAAUUUCAGCAAACCAUCUACAAGAUCUCGACGUCUUCUCGAAAUCCGAUCCGAUCUGUUUGAUUUACGAGAAAACGAGUGGAAAGAAGUCGACGACGACGGAAUCAAUUGAAUUAGCCACGUGGCAAGAUGCUCAAUGGACGGAAAGAGGAAGAACUGAAGUGGUGAUGAACAAUCUGAAUCCACAAUUCACAAAGACAUUCCUUCUACCGUAUUUCUUCGAAGAAACACAGUUGUUACGCUUCGAAAUAUACGACGCUGAUAGUCCAAACGUUGGCCAAGACCUGUCCUCCCAUGAUUUCUUGGGUCGAUUCGAAUGCGUUUUGGCGCAAAUUGUCAGUUAUUCGACACUCAAAGCACAUCUCGGAAAACAUGGAGAAAUUGGAGCUCAGUGGAGAAAUAAAGACAAAAACACGAAAACUGGUUCAAUCACAAUCCGUGCGGAGGAGGAUGAAAAGAUGGAGAAGAUUCAAUUCGACGUGUGUGGAGAGUCGUUGGAUAAGAAGGAUUUGUUUGGAAAAUCUGAUCCAUAUCUCAAUUUUAAACGGAAAUUUGAUGAUGGAAGUAGUCAUUUGGUGCAUCGAACAGAAGUGAAACAGAAGACAUUGGAUCCAAGAUGGGCGACUGUUCAGAUUAAUACACAGACAUUGUGUGGAAAAGAGGGCGAUAGACCAAUUCUAAUCGAGUGUUACGAUCACGACAAAUGGAAGAAAGACGACUUGAUUGGAACGGCACAAACUACACUAAACGAGUUGUUGAAAGGAGGUCCUGGAGGGGGAACCGUCGAGAUUUUGCUGACAAAUGAGAAGAAAAAGGCGAAAAAAGGAGACAAGUACAAAUCAUCGGGAACUCUGAAAAUCUGGAAUUCAAGAAUAGUCGUCGAACCGACAUUUCUUGAUUUCAUAUCAGGUGGAACUCAAUUGGAUUUCGCCGUCGCUGUUGACUUCACCGCGUCGAAUGGAGCACCGAAAAACUCGUCGUCACUUCAUUAUAUGGCUGCCGAUAGGCCGAAUCAAUAUGAGUUGGCAUUGAGAUCAGUCCUCUCCAUCUGUCAACAUUACAACUCGUCGAAAACGUUCGAAGCGUUCGGAUUCGGUGCAAAACUACCGUAUCAAUCGUCAGUUUCAGCCAUCUUCCCUCUGGAUUUGCAACGUGGAACAUCUCAAGUCAUCGGAAUCAAUGGAGUAAUGUCUGCGUAUCGUCACUCUCUUCAGAAUGUUCAAUUGUACGGACCGACGAAUUUCGCUCCGAUUAUUGAUACUGUCGCGCAGAAAGCACAGAAUAUGAUGCACGAUUCAGCGAGAUAUCAGAUUUUAUUGAUUAUUACCGAUGGAAUUAUCUGCGAUAUGCACGCCACUAUUCGAUCUAUUAUUAAUGCCUCCGGUCUCCCUCUCUCGAUCAUCAUCAUCGGUGUCGGCAACGAGGAUUUCGAGAAAAUGCACGAGUUGGAUAGUGACGAUUCACUUCUCCAACAGGAUUCCCGUAUCGCUCAACGAGACAUUGUUCAAUUCGUCACAAUUCGAGAAUUUCUGAAUAAUGGGCGUGGCCUCUAUCUUGAUCCCGACGUGAUUCAGGAGAAUUUGGCGAGAGAAGUGUUGUAUGAAGUGCCCGGACAAUUGACUGGAUACAUGAAACAACGUGGAUUCGAGCCUCGACCAGUGGACACUCCGUGGCAAAGAGAUUCCCCACCACCCGAAUAUGAUCCAAUUUUCGAUGGAAUCGGAACGAAACGACAGGCUCCGCCCCUUGGAUUUCAGAAUCAGAAUCCAGUGACCCAGGAGAUUCCCAAUGCUUCCGCGCCGCCUAUGUAUUAA